CUUCCGAGGCUACUGCUCAGAGGUCCUUACUAUCAGUCGACAUGGGCUUGCUAACUAUCAUACGCAAGAACCGGCAAAAGGAGAAGGAAAUGCGGAUACUGUUUCUUGGCUUGGAUAACGCCGGGAAAACAACUAUCCUGAAGAAGCUCAACGGAGAGGAUAUCAUGGGGGUCAGUCCCACUCUCGGAUUCAACAUCAAGACCUUCGUGCACGGCAAAUAUACCUUGAAUAUAUGGGAUGUGGGCGGCCAGAGAACACUCCGACCUUACUGGCGGAACUACUUCGAGCAGACGGAUGCAUUGGUUUGGGUUGUCGACUCCGGCGACCGCAUGAGGAUGCAAGACUGCAAGGAGGAGCUUCACAGUCUUCUCCUGGAAGACCGUCUGGCCGGCGCGUCGCUUCUCGUCUUCGCCAAUAAGCAGGACAUUCAAGGGUCCAUGUCCAGCGCCGAGAUUCGAGAUGCACUCGAUCUCCUUUCCAUCCAGUCGCACCAGUGGCGCAUCCUGCCAUGUAGCGCGAUGACAGGGCAGAACCUUGUCGAAGGGCUCGAUUGGGUCGUAGGUGAGGUCGCUAGCCGACUUUACUACUCGUCAACAGACGCUGCCGCCGGAACUUGGCAAUCGGAAGGAGGCGUAUCUGCGCAGAGAGCGACUGUACAUUGACAUUGACUUCGUGAAUGAUGAUGACGUAAC